CAGAGUAAACAACAACCAAAAGAGUGAGCAGGGCUGAAAACAGCCAUGAUCCGGCUUGGGUCGAAAAAGAAGAGGUGUAACACUUCACCACCUUUGACAAGGUCUCAAACCUGCCCGUUGGAGAGGAUUCCUCUAGAAAUGAAAGAGGAGAUUCUCAUGAAAUUGAAGGCCAAAUGCAUCUCGAAGUUCAUCAGCAUUUCUAAAUCCUGGUCAUCGAUAGUCCGCAGCAAACGUUUCACCAACUUGUACCUGAAUCGAUCUAUGGCUCAACCACAUAUCCUUUUCUCAUUGACCGACCGUAGAGACAAUGAGAUGCAGCUCUUUUACUCUUGCUCUCAGGAGGAUCCAUCUUCUGAUCAUCAAACGGUCAGUUGUCCCCCUCUGAAUCACGAUAAGAGGUUUGAAUUUUCUCCACCUGUCCGUGGCUUGCUGUGCUGUCUGAAUGAUAAUGAUAGAGUGAUGAUUGGGAAUCCUACUACUUGUCAAUUUAUUACUUUGCCGAGAGUCCAAACUGAGAGGAAACUGAAUGACAUUUAUAAUGUCAACAUAUGCCACUUCUUUGGAUAUGAUCCUGUUAAUGGUGAAUUCAAAGUGUUGUGCAUGACGGUGUUACGUAAUAAACGAUCAAUCGGUGUUGUGUCACAGGACCAUCAAGUUUUCACUCUAGGAGCUACGAGAAAGGAAUGGAGAAAAAUUGAAUGUAUGUAUCCCCAUAAUAUUCAUCCUAGAGAUAAAGGUGUAUGUAGCAAUGGGGUUGUGUAUUAUCUAGCUUGGAUAGCCAAAGUUCGUUCUCUGAUGUGCUUUGAUGUUCGUUCUGAAAAGUUUAGUGUCAUUAAGUUACCCAAUAACGGGAAUGUCCAAUAUCUGUCGGAAUACGGCAAAAAGAUAGCUGUGACGGAUCUGAUAUUCGGCGGCACAUUUGACUUGUGGGUUCUUGAAGAUGCCAGCAUACCACAUUGGUCACCUGUUUCAAUCGUGAUUCCAUAUGAGUUUGGAUUUUUAAAAUUAAGGGGUAGACUUGGCACCGGCGAGCUUGUAUUUGCACCGUUCUUUGUCACAAACCCGUUCUUUAUACUAUGUUACGAUCUCAAGGAAAGCAAAGUUAGAAAAAUCCAGAUCGAAGGAAUUGGGACUCACUUUAAGCCUAUACAUGUCUAUCUGGAUCAUGUUAAGAGUCCUAUGUUUCUGGAACUGUAAGGUAAAUCAUCUGUUGAUGACUAGUUCUUUGUUGUUGUCUGCUGAACUAAUCUCUCUCUUUCUCUCUCUUUUUUCUUUCUUUUUCUUUUGAAUAAAGUUGUCGGAUAUUGUUUGUUUAAGACUAAUCCUUAUUGGAAUAUGCUCAACAAUGGUUCUGUAUCUUUUGAA